AUGGCUAGCCGCCGCAUCUUCUUGUCAUUGCCAAGGCUGCUCCUCCUGGUGGCGGCGGUUCUUGGCGCUGUUCUUCUUCACGGCGAGGGAGCGAUGGCCAGGCCGCUGCUGGGCAUCGCCGAGCCACCGGCCUCGCCAGGCGCCGUGGCGGCGGCGGGACCGGGGGCUGCCGCGCAGGCCGGUGAAGGCGGCAGGCCCGACAUUUCCGAGGCCGGCGCGGAGGUGAUCCUCGCCGGGUUCGCAGCAGCGGUGAUCGUCGUCAUCUUCUGCUACAUUAGAGUCACCAGGGAGAGCAGCAGCGGUGUGGGAGUGGGAGAGAAGCACGAAAGCUUAGGAGGGUUCUAA